GCCUUUACUCAUGACGUCACCAUGUUUACCCGGAAAUGUGAGCUUCCACUGACGGCUGCUGUUUAAAUAUGGAAUUUAUCGCAUAAUCGGUCCGUUUUUCCACAUUAACGGAAUAACGGACUUUGUCCGUAACGUAACGCGUAUGAAUAUGUACAGCGGGCUUCUGCCCAAGGACUUAACAGAAGACGACCUCAGUCCGGAUGAUCAGGAAGAGGAGCAUGAGAGUCAAGUGGUGGAAGUAAUAAACAAUAACCCCGAUGUGAAGACUUCUACGGUUAUUGAUGCUACAAAUGAAGCCCCGACAUGCUGCCUGCCUGGUAUAUCCCAGGAAAUGUGGCAAAAAUUUAAUGAUCUGCGUAAGAAGAAAGACGAGAUGAAGAUGAUGAAACUCCCGAGGAAAAAAAGAAGAAAAAGACGACAAUGCAAGAAAGAAACAGAGGGCAAAGAGCCAACAGAGACGAGCAGAGAGCGUCAGGAGGAGCUGGAGAAGCACUGGGAUGGGCUAAAGCAGUAUUUUGGUGUAAAUGAUCGAUUUCAUCCCCCUGCAUGUUCCAACCUCUCUCAAAAGUCCGGCCUAGAAAAGAGCAUAGAGAGGGCCAUCGCUGAAGGGGACACUGCAAAGGCGGAGGAGAUGAGCGACAGACUCGCCACUCGAGAGCUGGCUGUGAAAAUCGCCGAAGCCGCUGAUUGCCGUGACUUUGUGCAGCACAAACAGGAAGAGGACGCUUUGAGGGCAGCGAAGAAAAGAAAGAAGCAAAUAGCUUGGGGGUUCGAGGCGAAAAAACGCUGGGAAACCAAAAGCAACAUGGGUUACAUGUGACCAAGAUGGACGGAAGAUUUUUUUUUAUUUUUUUUUUAUGAUAAUUGAAUAAAAAUUGUUUCUUAUGGCAAACUGAUAUGUUUUUUUUUUUUUUUUACACAGUUAAGAGAAUUAACACCCGCAAGAGUGUGUGUUGGCUGAGGGCGGAAUAGUAAAUCCAUCUAAAAAAAAAAAAAUGGCACAUUCAAAUUAAUUCCCUAGGCGUCCAUUGGAGUCUGCAUUGUGUUAGUUUUCCAUUACAUUUCAGUGAUUUGAGCGUUCUGGCCUUCAAAUUAAAUCUGCUGUACAUUA